AUGACAUGGCUUGAGAUACUCGAUCAUAGCGAAAGCUUGGUCCCCCCAAAGAGUGGAAAGAAAGUCGCUCCCGCCCCCUUCCCCCAGGGGAAGGCUGGUGCUGGUAAGAAGGGCCAAAAGAACCCAUUGAUCGAGAAGCGCUCUCGUAACUUCGGUAUCGGCCAGGACAUUCAACCCAAGCGCAACCUGUCUCGCAUGGUUAAGUGGCCGGAAUAUGUCCGCCUCCAGCGCCAAAAGAAAAUCCUCAACCUCCGCCUCAAGGUUCCACCAGCGAUUGCUCAGUUCCAGAACACCCUCGACCGUAAUACCGCUGCCCAGGCAUUCAAGUUGCUUAACAAAUACCGACCAGAAUCGAAGGCUGAAAAGAAGGAGCGUCUCCACAAGGAGGCUACCGCUGUCGAAGCCGGUCAGAAGAAGGAAGAUGUUAGCAAGAAGCCAUACACUGUCAAGUAUGGUCUCAAUCAUGUUGUUGGUUUGAUCGAAAAUAAGAAAGCGUCCUUGGUUCUUAUCCCCAAUGACGUUGACCCGAUUGAGCUUGUUGUUUUUCUUCCUGCCUUGUGCCGCAAGAUGGGCGUUCCAUACGCUAUUGUUAAAGGCAAGGCUAGACUUGGAACGGUGGUUCAUAAGAAGACUGCCGCUGUCGUUGCCCUUACUGAAGUCCGUGCCGAAGACAAGACCGAAUUCUCUAAACUUGUUUCCGCUAUUAAAGAGGGAUACAGCGAAAAGUACGAGGAGUCUAAGCGCCAUUGGGGUGGUGGUAUUAUGGGUGCCAAGGCUGUUUCACGGCAAGAAAAGAAGCGUCGAGCCAUUGAAAAUGCGGUUAAAGUCUAA